GUUCAGUGUUAGUGCACUUGUCUGUGGCCGGACCAGUUUUGGUAUAGAGAUAUUAAAUUUUAAUCGAGUGUCGUUUGUUUUAGCACCAGAAAAAUUAUACAACAAAAACACACAUAAUAAUAAUAUAGUAAUGACCGUGUACUAUUCGGUUGUCGUUGCCGUUUACUUGGCCGUCGGUUGUGGUCGCUUGCUGCCAUCGGUCGCCAGGCUGGCAAAGAACGACGAAAAGUGUCCGGAAGUCCGAGCUAGAAGUAAUUGCGACUUGGACGCCAUAAAAGGAACGUGGAACGUAAUCGACUACUAUGCCAGUUCGGAAGAAGCGCAGAUCUACAGAUGCAUGAGAUCCACGUUUAACUUGUCACCGGACGUUCCGGAAAUAUCCAUGGACUUUACGUACAGCUAUGUGGAUGACCCGGACAACGAGCAGCUGUCCGGUAACAUCACUUGGAACAUACCGGACAUGAGUCAACCCGGUCACUGGAUACACAUGGAGACCCCGUACGAAGGCGUUUACAACACGUACGUGCUGGACUGUAAGGACACGUGGGCGGUGUUGCUCCAUUGCGCGGAAAAGCCGUCCAGUCCGCGGUACCUGUCCACCAUACUGCUGUCCAGGGACAAGGCGGUGCCGGUGAACGUGCGCAGUUACGUGCGAGGGAAAUUGCCCAAGUACGGCGUGCAGCUCGAGUACACGUUUCCCAUGGUCCAGGACGAUUGCAGCCCGGCCGUGAAUCCGCUGUACUACGGGACGCCCAAUAAUAAAACGUCGGCCGCAAAGAAGGUCAAGAACCCGAUGUCGCACGUGCACAACGCCGGCGAAACGGAUACGCGCAUUUAAAUGAUUUGGCCGCCCGGCCCUAUGCCGAACGUCACUAAUGUCACCGACUAGAGUGCACCUGUAUAGUGUAUAUUAUUAUUAUAUAUGUAUGUGUUGACCGAGAGCCUGUAUUGUUGCCUGUACACCCAUUCGACCUAAACGCACACACUUUUUGGAUUGGGCCUGUCGAAAAGAAAUUUAUCCGGCGCAGAGUAUUUCGUUAUAAUUCGAACACACAAAUUCACAUCGACGCGUUUUUGGUGAAAGUAGUUUUUUUAAUUUUUUAAACCAGUGAUAAAACAGCAAAAGUCGAUAUGCUACGUUUUUGAAAUAAUAGGUAUUUUAAAUUGUGGACAAACGACGAAUGAUUUGAUUAAAUACCCAUACAUUAAUACACAAACGAUAAUUCAAUAACGACACGUCCAUUGUAUAUGUAAUCAUAUUUUGUACGCGAUUAUAACAAAUUAUGCAUAGUGUUUUUAUUAAAUAACUUGAAAUAGUUUGGGUUGUGUGAGCGUCAUAAACGGCAUAAAAAAAACAAUAAUGUUGUUGUUUGCACCAAUGAUCGAAAUUACCUUUUAUAUUUUUACAUGCUGUAUAAUGUUCUUCAUAUUCUUGAAUUCUCAAAUAUUCAAGGGAUCUGGGAUGCCCAUCAACAAACGUUCCCCGAAGCCUCUCAUUCCCAAACAGAUGCAAUACUGUUAUUUCAAGAGAGCGCAACAUCCUAUUUAUUUCAACAAUCGGUGUAGACAAUUUUUUGCAAAAAAAAAAACAUUUUAAAGCUUAAUUUAUAAACGUUUAUGGCUCAGUGGCAUCUGAAUAUAAUACGAAGGUAAAUAUAUACAUAUGGAAAAAUACUUAAAUACGAAUCCAUGAGUAUGAACAUACUCAGGUGUGUUCAUAAAAAUGGGUAAUAUGUAGUUGUAUACUUUCAACAUGAUGACAAUAACAACGGGUUGAUAUUAAUAACUGUAAAACAGAUUUAGGUAAAAUGUACUUUGUUUUGCACUACCUAUAAAAAAAUUGUCUAACCAUCGUGAGUUAUACUCAAUAGCACUUAACUAAAGUGUCAAGUAUUAAUAAGGAGCGCAAUGUUCUGUGGUUUGAGUUCGAGUUAUAAGUACCUAGGUAUUACGAGCAUUGCAGUAAUUUUAAUUACACUUAUUUGUGAUAAUAUGCUUAAUUCAGGAAAAAAUAAAACUCAUUUAUUUAUCUCAAAACAGGUACUUGUUAAGUUAUAAAGCUAAACGAUUAUAC